AUGUUAGACACAAUACCCUCUCCUGAUCCCGACCGCGGCUUCGGGAAAGGCUAUGGCAUUCAAAUCGCGUUGUAUGUUCUAUUUGCAUCUCUACCUCUUGCUCUACCUCCUGCGUGGUAUAUCGCUGACCUAACAACGAACAGAUACCGUACAUUACCAGGUCACGUCGAAGAGAAACAGACGACCUCCAAAUCCUCGCCAGACCCAGCGGACAUAAUUGGAAGCAUAGAUGCCCAUCUACUGAGUAUUGACGAAGUGUAUAACCGAUAUUCCAGUCAUCCCACAGUCGGUUUGGAGCUUGCCGUUUCAUCCCCUACCGUCUACUGGAAGAAAACGCUUGAUUAUAUUUUUGGUGGCUUCAAUUUUCUGAUGUGGAUCUCGUUCAUCUUGACUAUCCUCUCCUAUAAACCACUCGGGCCUCCUGUACCUCUCACUCUUGGUAUGCGUGUUGUGGCUGUGGUCAAUAGGGACGGAAACCAGCAAAUAAUCAAAGCUGCUGACAUUGUGGUUGGUGAUGUUGCUGUGCUCAACGCUGGCGAUCGUGUCCCGGCCGACAUGCGUGUCGUGCAGGCAUCGUCCAACCUUCGCUUUGAUCGCUCUCUCCUGACGGGUGAAAGCAAAAUGGUACCAGGGGCUCUUGAUGCAACAUGCGAUAAUGCUCUGGAGACUCGCAACCUCGCACUGACUUCCACUUUUGUUGUACAAGGGACUUGCCAUGGAGUAGUGUUCGCCACGGGAGAUAGGACUGUCAUGGGACGCCUUAUCAAGAUGUCUGGAGAAACAAAAUUCAAGCUUACCACUAUCCAAAGAGAAGUGUGGUUUUUCACCAAAGUCAUUUCAUAUGUCGCAAUCUUUUUCUUCUGCUUAUCGAUUCUUCUAUACGGCGUUUGGUUACGGACAUCGUAUCCUGGGUAUGACACCUCGUCUUCUGCCAUCGUAAAUUCAAUUGGCUGCUUAACUGCUUUCGUUCUCCAAGGCCUCCCGAGUUGUGUGGCACUAUCGUUGUCUGUUGUUGCCCGUCGCAUGGCUAAACGUCAGGUGUUGGUCAAGAAUCUGGCGACCAUUAAGACGUUAGGAUGCAUGUCUGUGUUGUGUUCCGACAAGACAGGCACGUUAACUGCGGGAAAGAUGGUAGUAGGGAAUAUUGCCUUCCUCGAUGACGUAUUUGGUGUCGAAGAAAUUAACGAGAGGGCUAUGAAGGCAUCAGACCCCACUGGUGGAAGUUAUGCGCAAUUCAUGGCGAUCAUCGCAAACGUAUUACUAGGCAUGCAGUUACCCUUGAACUCGUAUCAACAAACCUGCUAUUCCAUCACCAACGAUGUUAUCAUGUCCAUCUCGUUAAUGUAUGAGAAGCCGGAGUGGGACUUGAUGCAGCGCAAACCACGCAACGCCAGGACCGAUAGGCUUACGGGUUGGCGCUUUUUUUUCAUAUCUACUUGUUUUUAUAAGGUUAUCUUGACUUUCAACCAAUGGGAAGAUGGCUGGCAGGAUUACACACUCGCUCAACUAACCCAGUUUGUCGAUGUUGGUCAAGGCAUUUACUAUGUGACGGUGGCCAUCGGACAGUGCGGGACUCUUCUAGCAGUUUCCAACCGCCGAGUAUCGAUACUGCAUUCGAAUCCUCUAUGGGGCCCGCGUCGUAAUCUGCUGGUACUUGUCGGCAUGACGGGCACGAUAUUGAUCUGCAUCGCGAACCUCUAUGGAGCUGGCUUCCAGCGGGUAUUUGGCACGACGCCCAUCCCUGGGAUGUUCUGGGGUCUUCCAUUUACCUUUGCUUUGGGGAUCUUGCUCAUGGACGAAACUCGCAAAGCCAUUGUGAGGAAAUACCCAAAGUCUUUCAUUGCGUGGCUGGCAUGGUGA